CGGAUACGAAGGGAUUGCAAAACCAGCGAAAAACGAUUCAAGAGGUAGAGAGCGAAUAUGACAGCGCAUGGAAGUAGUAAGAGCAAGAGAGAAUCGUCCUCAUCGAAGAAGAGUGGGAGUCUCAAGAGGAGCAGGAAAGAUGACGAUCCAAAGGCGCUUUCUGAAUCGGACUAUGAAUCUUCGCCGAGGCACCGAAGUCGCGACUCGAGCAGAAGAAAUAGCAGAAGGCGACGGAAUCAGUCGAAGGAUUCAGAUUACUCCGGUUCCGAUGAUGAUAGCGGGCAGGGGAGGAAGAAGAGGAGGUCUUCAUCAUCAAGGAAGAUAACAGACGAGGAGAUCGCCGAGUACAUGGCUAAGAAAGCACAAAAGAAGGCAGCUAAGGUUGCGAAGAAGAUGAAAUCGCAGAAUGUCUCUGGUUACUCCAACGAUUCUAAUCCUUUUGGUGACUCCAAUCUGGGUGAGAAGUUUGUUUGGAGAAAGAAGAUUGAGCAUGAUAUUAUACAAGGUGUUUCAAUUGAUGUGUACUCCGUCAAAGCUGAGAAGCAAAAGCAAAAAGAAAGGAUGGCAGAAAUUGAGAAGGUGAAAAAGAGAAGGGAAGAAAGGGCUGUUGAGAAAGCAAGACAUGAAGAAGAAAUGGCAUUAUUGGCUAGAGAGCGUGCUCGAGCUGAGUUCCAGGAUUGGGAGAAGAAAGAAGAAGAGUUCCAUUUUGACCAAAGCAAAAUUCGGUCAGAGAUUCGAUUGCGAGAAGGACGUCUGAAGCCAAUCGAUAUUCUUUCCAAACACCUCAAUCCUUCUGAUUAUUUGGACAUUGAAAUAAAUGAGCCAUAUGUGGUCUUCAAGGGUUUGACAGUGAGAGAUAUGGAAGAACUUCGGGAAGACAUCAAAAUGCAUCUGGAUUUGGACAGAGCAACACCGUUGCACAUAGAAUAUUGGGAGGCUCUCCUGGUAGUUUGUGAUUGGGAGUUAGGUGAAUCACGUAGAAAGGAUGCGCUGGAUCGAGCUAGGGUUCGUGGAGAGCAACCACCUGCUGAGUUGCUAGCGGAAGAAAGGGGUAUGCAUUCUAGUAUUGAAGCAGAUGUCAGGGACCUCUUACAUGGAAAAUCCUACGGGGAGUUGGAAGCCCUUCAGUCUCAUAUUGAAUCAGAGAUGCGUUCUGGCACAGCCAAGGUGGUUGAGUUUUGGGAAGCUGUUCUUAAAAGACUUGAUACCUACAAGGCGAAGGCCUGCUUGAAAGAUAUUCAUGCUAAAAUGUUGCGGAUGCAUUUAAAUCGUCUUGAGCAACCUUUGGAAAGUGAAGAUAAUGUGGAUUUGGACCAUAAUGUAAGGCCUGUAGAAGAAACAAUCGAUGAGGAAGAAAUAGAAGAUGAAGAAACCAUCCUCUCCCCUGAGCCCAUAAAUGUUGAGGCUACUGAGGAAGAAGCACCACUACCUGAUGAUGAUGAUGAUGAGGACGGAUCAUUUUCUCCACAGCUGUUGCAUGGUGAUGAAGAUGAAGCAAUUGAUCCGGAUGAGGAUAAGCGCAUGCUGGAAAUGAAGCGAAAAGCUGUUGAUGAACAAAGGCGAAUGAAAGAUACAAUAGCCUCAAAGCCUUCUCAGCCUGAUAAUAACUUGGAGAUUAAGGCAAUGAAAGCAAUGGGAGCCUUGGAGGAAGGUGACACAGUUUUCGGCUCAAACGAUGAAAUAGAUCUUGACUCACAGGUUUACUGGUGGCAUGACAAAUACAGGCCAAGGAAGCCAAAAUACUUUAACAGAGUUCACACAGGGUAUGAAUGGAACAAGUACAAUCAGACUCAUUACGAUCAUGACAAUCCACCUCCGAAGAUUGUACAAGGUUACAAAUUCAAUAUAUUCUACCCAGAUCUUGUUGACAAAUCUAAAGCCCCUGUUUACACCAUAGAGAAAGAUGGGGACAGUAGCGAGACCUGUAUCAUUAGGUUUCAUGCUGGUCCACCAUAUGAAGACUUGGCUUUUCGUGUUGUUAAUAAAGAAUGGGAGUACUCUCACAAGAAGGGGUUUAAAUGCACCUUUGAGAGAGGAAUAUUACACGUUUAUUUCAACUUCAAGCGAUACAGAUACCGUCGCUGAGCUUCAUCGUUUGAAAUGGGGUUAUGUAUGAUUAUAAUAUACUGAUUAGGGUUUUCUCCUGACUGUAAAAUUUAGUUUGGCUCAGUAUCCAUUCUCCCGUUAUCAUACCGUUAUCAUAAGACAGUUUUGGUUAAUGUUUUGAACUCGUCUAUGUUGGUAGAGUGAAAGUUGUUAUGCUUCUGAGUUGGACAUACACAUUCUAUUAUGGUUUAACUUGUUUAUUAUUUAUUAUGUUUUAAACAGAGAUUAAAUCGAGAUUAAUUGAGGUAGCUUCUCAUA